UGUUUGAUGGAUUAAUGCUAAGCAGCUCGCUCUUCCAAAGCACCACCUGAUCUUUGGGGCUCGUGCCCCACAUAUAAAAGGCUGCAGUAGUGCUGAGCUCAGCUAGUCCAGCCACCUCUCUCUCUCCCUCUGUCUCUCUCUCUUUCUCUCUGUCUAUAUCUUUCUGCCUCUGUCUCUCCCAUGUCACUUUCUUUCUCCAUCCACCCUGUCCUCUGAUUUCUCUCUCUCAGCUCUCACUAUAUUUUCUCUUUCUCUUUCCCUCUGGCUUUGAAGCAUUUCCAGGACAGACUUUUUAAGCUUGUUUUUUUUCCCCUUCCACUCAUCCUCUGUUGGCCUGUUCCGCCUGGAAGCUCAGUGUAUUUCUGUGGGGUUUUUUUUAGAUCACAUGUCUGUUCACAUUUUUCUAUGAGGUUGUAGCAUCAGUGUUUCAACAAGAAAAUGCCUCGCUCCUUUUUGGUGAAGCAGCCGAAGGUCCACGAUGUCUCAUCCUCCAACUACUACCAUCAGCACCAACACUGGGACAGCUCUUUCUCUGUGACACAUGCCAUCACUGAGUCAGCCACCAACUUGGCGGUGCGUUUGAGUGAAAAUGGCUACAUCCAUGAUUACAUCAUCCCCUCCAUGUUGCAGAGCACAAAAGAGCCAGGUCGGGAGCCGACCGGGUUCUCCUCAGGGCCCCUGUACUCCCCAGGUGGCAGCAGUGGGGAAGAGUUCUCCGACCACGACAUGGAGCACCCGGACAGCCCCGUCUCCACCGCCACAGUGGAGUCAGACAGUAGCGGCCCUGAGUUGGAGGCGUGCACCAUCAAUGACCUCCUCAUCUCUGACGGCCGUUCCCGCCGGAGACCCAGCCGACGGUGUCCACGCAAGGGAGGCAGACAGUCAGACAGUAGCAAGGGGACUGGCUCAGCAGACUGCAGCCCUGCAAAAGGGAAAGCCAAAGGGCGCUACAUGUGCUGUGAGUGUGGCAAGUCUUAUGCUACGUCCUCCAAUCUGAGCAGACACAAGCAGACUCACCGCAGCCUGGACAGCCAACAGGCCAGGAAGUGUCCCACAUGCCACAAGGUGUACGUGUCCAUGCCGGCGCUGGCCAUGCACAUGCUGACCCACGACCUGAAGCACGAGUGCACUGUGUGCAACAAAGCCUUCAGUCGGCCCUGGCUGCUACAGGGCCACAUGAGGUCCCACACAGGAGAGAAACCGUUCGCCUGUGCCCACUGUGGCAAAGCCUUUGCCGAUCGCUCCAACCUGCGCGCCCACAUGCAGACGCACUCGGCCUUCAAGCACUACUCCUGCAAGCGCUGUCACAAAAGCUUUGCACUCAAGUCCUACCUGAACAAGCACUAUGAGUCAGCCUGCUUCAAAGAGCACCAGGCAGAGGACGAUGGCAGCGCUGACGACUGAUCUUCAAUAUUCCUCUUUUUCAUUUCUAGUCCCGCAAUUUUUUAAGAAUUCAGAGAAAAGUUGCAGCUUCUCAGGCUUGUCACAUGCAUGCAUCAUAAUCCUGCCUUUUGAUAUGAGCAGUAACCUCAUUUUAAACAAUUCAGGAAGUAUGUAUGAAAUUCCUAAAAAUCUCAGUGUUGAUCAGAAAUGUAAUAUAUUUUAUAUUGUUUUUUAUGAAUUCAAUUGCAAUAAUUUACAUAUCAGUAUUACUUUAAAUGCCAACUAGCU